GACUCAACCGUGCGUUCUCGUCUGACCGACUGCCUGGAGACCAUCCUGAAAAAGGUCCAGGAGCCGCCAAAGUCCAAGAAGGUGCAGCACCCCAACGCCAAGAACGCGGUCCUCUUUGAAGCCAUCAACUUGAUCAUCCACAUGGACUGUGACCCCAAGUUGCUUGUGCGUGCCUGCAACCAGCUGGGACAGUUUUUGCAGCACAAGGAAACCAAUCUGCGCUAUUUGGCCCUGGAGUCACUCUGUCUGCUGGCAACCAGCGAGUUCAGUCAUGAGGCCGUGAAGAAACACCAGGAGACAAUCGUAAACGCACUCAAGGUAAGGCUUUUUUGUUGUUAA